AUGGAGACCAUGUCAUAUCCUUGCUCCCCUCUCAUCCCCUUCCCCACACAGCAUGAAGAGAGCAGCUGUCUUCUGUGGUCUCCUCAAGUAGUGAUCCCCCUUGAGAAUGGCAACAUGUGCGACGGCGAUGCCGAUCCUUCCCCUGAUCAGCAGCAGCAAGAUCAUGAGUUCAUGGACAUCAUGAUCCAAGAAGCCAGUCGCUUGCUGCUUCAGGAUGAUCUCUCCGAUGGUGAUCCAUCAUUGAGCGGUUUUGAUCAGAAGCUGGAAGGGCAAGAAAAUGGCAGCCUGUUGGCAGUCCAAGAAGAGUUCAUGGAGGAGAGCAGUUUAAACGACCUCCUCGUCACCGGCGCCAGGGCGGUUGAGGCCCAGGACUCGAUCAGGGCCUCGACCAUCUUGUCGAGGCUCGACGACCUCGUCCCCGGCGUGCCUUGCAGAAGCUUUCACCAUGCAGCGGCCAGCUCAUCUGACCAUCUGGCCUGCUACUUCGCUAGAGGCCUGCGGUCCCGGAUCUCCGGCGCGCGCUCCGAAUGCCAUCCGGCGGCCGCAGCAGCACCGGAGAACCGGAUGCCGGCGUACCGGAUGCUGCAAGAGCUGUCGCCGUUAAUCAAGUUCGCGCACUUCACCGCCAACCAGGCCAUCCUAGAAGCCACCGCGGACGACCCGGGCGUCCACGUCGUCGACCACAACGUCGGCGAGGGCGUCCAGUGGGCGUCACUCAUGUCCGACCUCGCCCGCCAUGGUGGCAAGCCGUUCCACCUCACGGCCGUAGUCACGGCCGACGACGACGCGGACUCCGCCGCCGCCGCCGGCGGCUCGCACCCCGCGGCCGCACGGUGGCUCUCGGAGUUCGCGGGGUCGCUGAACCUCCCGUUCCGGUACAGCUCCCUCCACCUGCGCAGCGAGGAGGACUUGCGUGGCUUCGCCACGAGCGGCAACGGCGGCGGCUCAGUGACCGUCUCAUGCGACACGACAGAUAAAUCUUACAGCUCCCUGAUCAGGUUGCAGAUGCAGCUUCUCGGCAGUGUCAAGAUCCUCCGGCCCAAGCUGGUGAUCCUAAUCGAACAAGAGCCGUUCAGGAUCGAUCGGGGUCUCGCUCCAUUCGCCGAGUUCUUCUGCGAAGUGCAGCAGCACUUCGCCGCCAUGCUGGAGUCCUUGGAGAGCUGCUUCCGCGACGGCGGCUACGGCGCGUGCCUGGGGCCCGUGGAGAAGGAGACGCUGGGCCCAAUGAUAGAGGACGCCGUGAGGCAGUACGAGCCUCUGGCAGGUGGGGCCGGUGCUGAGCUGGAGGGUUUCAGGGCUUGUGAGCUCAGCAGCUUCAACGUUGCUCAGGGCAAGAUGUUGGCUGGGCUCUUCAGCAGAGGGUUUGGGGUCGCCCAAGAGGAGGGCAGGCUUGCACUGUGCUGGAACUCUAGGCCCUUGACCUCAGUCUCUGUUUGGAGUCCCGUGUGA